AUGUUGCAGAGCCGGCCGCUGCCCUUCUCGGCGCUGGGCGAGCCGGCCGUCGAGGCCACCCGGGACCCGGCGCCUCCGCCGCGGAGCCGCUUCGACAUCGAGUCGCUGCUGGCCAAGCCGGAGCCGCCCCGUCGGAGCGCGCCCGGGGCCAGCCUCUGGGCCGCCGCCGCCUCCCCGGGCGCGCUGCGCUUCGGCUGCGCCCUCCGGUUCCUGCCGGUCCCCGCCGUCUGCUUGGGCGAGAGGACCCCCGCGCUGCUCCCGCUGCCGCCCCGCCAGUGCGCCCCGACCGGCUGCAGGAGGCCAGGUGAGAGCCGAGACGGGGACCCCGGGAGUGCGGGGCAGGCGUGCACGUGGGAACGGGCAUAAGAGCGAGCAUCUUGCGGGGGGCAGUGGGUGGGGUGUCGUCUCAGGACCGCGCUCAGGUGUAGACUGCCUCUGACUCGGGAGGCUCAACACUGAGCCGUCCUGCCUGUAGCCUCGGGGGGCUUCUUGCGCAGCCGUCCCGACGAGGGGUUUGGAGCGAGGUUAGAGGAGGCUGCGGGGAAGCAAGCGACCCUCCCCACUUCCCAGGGCAAUUUCCCCUCGCUUUCCUUGUGGCAAGAAAGGGGAAAAGUCCAGUUUUUUUGGAAAGGGGUUUCUGGCGCAGCUGUGGUGUAGGGCUUUGUGUCAGACUGGGACCUAGGACCUGGGAGACCAGGGUUCACUGCCCCACUUGCAGGGUCACCUUGGGGGCCAGUGAUUUUCUCAGCCUAACCUCCCUUCAGGGCCGGAUUGAGGUUUGAUGAGGCCCUCAGCUUCUGAAGGUAACGGGGCCCUUUCUAUGUCCAGCUGCCCUUUGUCAACAACAAAUUGUCACUGUUUUUUUUGUGUUGAAUAUAUGCUACAUGGUAAUUGAUGGACCUAAUAGGUAUCUAAAGCCAUUUGUGUAUAACCAAUAGAAGCCUACACAACACAAAACACUGUUGCUGUAUGUGGGUUAUAUUUUAUUUGUUUUUUAUCUUACAUUUUGGAAAUGUACAUCCAGGUUUUUUUCUUUAAUUUUUUGUGGGGCCCUAAGCUAGAGCUUGUUUAGCUUAUACGUCAAUCCGGCACUGCCUCCCCUACAGGGUUGUUGGGCAGAUUAAAUGAGGAGGGGGAGGAGCAUGUAUAGGGCAGAUCUACUCUGAAACGAAUGAAGCUUCAGGACCCGAAUCCUGGAGGGCCCUGAGAAGCGAAUUUAGUCCACAUUGCUUAAAAGUUUUGGGUUUGAUAAACCCAAUUUGAGUCACAUUUUUUGUUGUAUAUAUUUCAACAUUCCCAAAGUCGGAGAGUCGAUAGCCCGGCUGUUGUGAAGGUGUUGUGAUCUGUUGAGGAACCACCCCAUUGAAGUCUUUCUGGUUGUGAAGGGGCCCCAUAACAGUUCAAGGUUCAGGGCCCCCAAAAUGUAGAUCUGCUUCUGACACCACCCAGAGCUUCUUUCAGGAAAAGGUGGGAUGUAGUUGCAGGGAUUAAAUAAAAAAGUUUUUCCAACCCUCUUAAUUAUGUGACAUACAUUUGCUGGUGUGCGCUUGAAUCUGCUUUGAAAAUAGUGUCUACUCCAAAGUAUUGAACUGAAUGGGGCUUCCCCCAGGUGAGACCAUGACUGUAGCAAAAGCCCAACUGGGACUCAUUGGGGAAAAGCAGACCCGGCCUCUGGCACGCCUUCCUGGUUGCAGCAAUGGCAGCCCAGGGACUGCAGAAGGCGUUGGGGUCUAGGCGGGCGGAUCAUAUUGCACCGAUUCUGCGUCAGUGGUGCCGGCUGCCCAUUCCUUCCCAAGCUCAUAAGUCAGGCAAUGAGUUUAUUGUUCUAAAAGGCCAUGACAAAUUCGGCUCAAAGUGUCCCCAAACCCUAAAGACCUCAAAAGCCCUGAACGGUUUGGGACCAGUUUAUUUGAAGGGCCCCCCCUCCAUGCCCCUUAUGCCCACAGGAGCCAGUCUCCAGCCCCAUGGAUCAUCUGAGAGAAAUCAGGUUCAGGGGUGCCAAGAGGAUUCUGCAACACUGUACGUGGAUUGGGCCCAAGGCAUAGAUUUGGCAUGUGCGUCAUGUCAUAGGCAGAUUCGCAUCCUCUUUGGCAGGUGGAAUGGAGGGUGCAAGAAUAAAUCCGUGGCUCAGCAUUCCCUGCACUGACAGGCAGCAUCUCUGCAGAGUUCUGGGCACUGCUACGCUUUCUUCUGUGUUGCCCAAUUUAUUGUCCUGCAAGCCGCCUUGGUGUUGCUUAGAAAUGAAAGCUGGCCUGCCAGUGGUUUUACGACAAAUAAAUCCCACCGGGCGGCCACAAAUUCCUUGCUGCCGUGUGAUUCAGGGGGGAUGUGGGUGGGUCACAGCUUGGAUGUCCAGCAUUUGUCAGGGCUCAUUGCAGGGGGUUGGACUGGAUGACUCAAGGGGACCCUUCCAACUCUACAAGCCUGUGGUUCUCUGACCUGCUUUCCCUCCCCCUCAGCGUCUCCCAGGCUAGUCGCUAAUCUGGCUAGUGGUGUAUUUUUCCUUGACCCCCGUGUCACUAGGAUGUCUCCCCCUUUGCCGUUCCAGAGCUGGAGUUUGCUCACUGCGCCCUUGCAGGUUCCCUGGGGGCUCCCCUUUCGUGGAGAUCGGGGGGUCCCUGCAAGAUGAAGAGGGUGCGCACCGUCUUUACGCCAGAGCAGCUGGACCGGCUGGAGAAAGAGUUCCUCAAGCAGCAGUACAUGGUGGGCAACGAGCGGGUGGACCUGGCCGCCACCUUGCACCUCACAGAAACCCAGGUAGGCAGUGCCCCCCCCCAACGCACACAGCAAGGCCAGGAGGAAGCUCAGCAUCCUUCCCCUCCGGCCUUCUCUUAAGAAGGAGAAUUAAACUGAAGCACAUCCUCCUCUUUCUGCGCUCCUCCCAGUGGAGGUGGGGACAGGUGUAUCCCUGCUUCAAGUCGUUUACAUGCUGCCUUCUCUUGUACAUUAUUUACUACAAAGCUCAAUGAGCAAGCACUUUAGUGUGGGAAUGUUCAGGGUGGCAGGAGAAUCUAUAUCUUCUAUAUCUAUAUAUAGAUUUAAAGGAGAAUAAUAUUGUUAAAAUGUAUUGUGUUUAAGAUAUUUGGAAAAAAAUAAUAAAAAUUAUUGGAAAAAACAAGGUGGCAGGAGAGGAUUUGUUGUUUAAAGCAGUAUGUGGACCGAGAACUCCCAGAAGUGCAAGCUGGAUUUAGAAGAGGCAGAGGAACCAGAGACCAAAUUGCAAACAUGCGCUGGAUUAUGGAGAAAGCUAGAGAGUUCCAGAAAGACAUCUACUUCUGCUUCAUUGACUAUGCAAAAGCCUUUGACUGUGUCGACCACAGCAAACUAUGGCAAGUUCUUAAAGAAAUGGGAGUGCCUGAUCACCUCAUCUGUCUCCUGAGAAAUAUCUACGUGGGACAAGAAGCUACGGUUAGAACUGGAUAUGGAACAACUGAUUGGUUCAAAAUUGGGAAAGGAGUACGGCAAGGCUGUAUAUUGUCUCCCUGCUUAUUUAACUUAUAUGCAGAAUUCAUCAUGCGAAAGGCUGGGCUGGAUGAAUCCCAAGCCGGAAUUAAGAUUGCUGGGAGAAAUAUCAACAACCUCAGAUAUGCAGAUGACACAACCUUGAUGGCAGAAAGUGAAGAGGAAAUUAAUAUCCUUCCUAGGGACGCGGGUGGCACUGUGGGUUAAACCACAGAGCCUAGGACUUGCUGAUCAGAAGGUCGGCGGUUUGAAUCCCCACGACGGGUGAGCUCCUGUUUCUCAGUCCCUGCUCCUGCCAACCUAGCAGUUCGAAAGCACGUCAAAGUGCAAGUAGAUAAAUAGGUACCACUCCGGCGGGAAGGUAAACAGCGUUUCCGUGCGCUGCUCUGGUUUGCCAGAAGCGGCUUAGUCAUGCUGGCCACAUGACCCAGGAGCUGUACGCCGUCUCCCUCAGCCAGUAAAGCGAGGUGAGCGCCGCAACCCCAGAGUCGUCUGCGACUGGACCUAAUGGUCAGGGGUCCCUUUACCUUUAAUAUCCUUCCUAACUUGCACUAGCAAGUUCCUUUACUUAGCAGAGUUUACAUUCCCCUUUACACAGCACAGCAGAUAGCUGGUUGCAGGCUCGUGUGAGCCUCUCACUAUUAUACAGUUCAAUCUCUCUUAGAUUGAAUUGUGCGUUCCUAGUAAGUUCCUAGUAAGUUCCCUCUUAAAAGAAUAAAGACGCCCCAAUCUUAUUCAAAGUCAAUAAAAGAAUUUUACUCACAUCAGUUCACAGUUGGAUCCCUGAAGGCAGACUUAGUUACAAAUAUGUACAUGUGGAUCUACCCCAUAUGGGGGAAUAAUCCCAGUGCUGCUUCUAGCUGAGAAGCUAGCAGAGCAGUCCUAGCUAAAAGCUGGUCCAAUGAAGAAGGAAGUCAAAAAGAGAGGAGGGGUGCUGCGUGACUCGACCUUUUGUUACCUGGACAGGUAAAGUCACACCCACCUUCCAUCACAUGCAAAAGGAAGGAUGCUCCAGCCAGGAGGAACAGGAAGUUUUGACUGGCUGGACCAAACAUUCCCUCGCAUGUCUUCUCUAGCAUUACAUGGAAUGUUGUACUUGACUGCCUUUCAUGGAUCACAUCCCACAUUUAGCAACGAAACUUCGCAUUACUGGAGCUCUGAAUCACUGAUAUGUCACAAGUGGACUCUUUAUUGCUGCGUUUGCAAUUAUUCAAGAUAAAAGAAGAAAUGAGCACUGAACCAUUGACAUAUUAUUACAAAUGAACACUUUAUUUACUGGGUUUGCUAUUGUUUGAGAUAAAACCUAUUUUGGAAACUACUUUUGCCAUUUUGAUGGAUGUUUAGUGUUUGUUUACAGAUAGUUGCCUUGGUGAUAGGAUCUUGUGUCGAUUGCAGCAGUCAUUGUCUCACCAGCCUGUUCCUUGUUUUAUUGUUAGACUCUCUUAAGAAGCGGCAUCUUGCAUCAAGGAGAGACCCAGGUGGUCAAGGACCUGGAAGCCAGGCCUGAUGAGGAACGGUUGAGGGAGUUAGAACCAUAGACUCGUAGUAGAGUUGGAAGGGAGCCCAAAUCAGACGGGCAGGGGGCAUCCUUGCGCGCUGAUGCUGUCAGGAUUGGGACAGGAUCGCUUCCUUGCUCAUCCUCCUUCCACUUUCUGCCCUUCUGCCUUGCAGGUGAAAGUCUGGUUCCAGAACAGGAGGAUCAAAUGGCGGAAGCAGAGCCUGGAGCAGAAGGCAGCCAAGCUCUCGCAGUUUGGGGGUCCGCAGCCCGUCCCCCGGGGGCUGCCAGACGAGGAGGACAGUGGCGAGAAUGAGGAGGGGGACGUGGACAUCGAAGUCUAGCGGUUGCUGCCCCAGCCGAGGACACCACUUUCGUUUUGUUUUAGCAGAGUUGGCAUCUGCCUCCUGGGGAGGCCAGGACUUGUUGGCGCCCCUGUGAACACCCCCAGAGCCUUGCUGGUCCACCUGAGGACUGAGGCGGGUGGUCUGGGCCUUUGGAUGCCAGUCUUGGUCUUUCUUUGCGUGCACACUCAUUGCCUGGCUCCAUCGGGCGGCAUUCAGCGAAGGGCUUCCGCUAGGACUUUGGGCUGUGCGACAGAACUUUCUCUGUCUCUGUGCACCCCUAAAUCUGUUCUGGGGAUUCCCCAGACCCCGUGGACCAGAGCUGGGUGGGGGCAGCAGGGAGAAGACAGGCAGGGGAUUUUGCAUUGCGCAGCCAGAAGUCCUUGCGCUAGUGGACUCUCUUGGCUGCAUUGCGUUCUGCUCGCUGCCUCUGCUUCUGGGCGCUAAUGUGGCGCCAGGGAGCUGGUCAGCAGGACACACUGGCGCAAGGAGGCUCUGUUGAACUAGCCAGCCCAUAUCCAGUCUCAGGAUUAUCUUCCAUGAAUCCAUGAAAUGAUGUAUACAUUAAUCCUGUGGCAGUGAGUCCCAUAGGUCAGUUACAUAUUGCUGUUCUUUCUCCACGACAGCUUAGUUUGGUAUUGUGAAUGGGCAGCCCUUGCUGUUGGAUUUGGUUUGCUCGCCCAAAGCUUUUGAGUUCUAUGCCAAGCCUCCUGAAUCCGGUGCCAGGGCAGAGGGCAACAGGGCUGACCUUUGCCCUUCAGGGCAAAAAUUGUAGAUCUGGCCCUGGAGCCUAAUGCAGACCUUGGUGAAUGUUUGAAAUCUGAAUCUAAUAUCUCAAAGUUUAAUUGUAGCCGUUAACAUUACACCAGGUCAAACCAUUUUCCUUAUGUAGCUCAGGUUUGUUUGCACAGACCGCCAACAGCUUUCCAGGAUUUGAGAUGGGGAAGAUUCCCAGCAGUACCUGGAAAUGCCAGGAGUUGAACCCGUGACCUUUUCAUGCUAGCAGAUGUUCUGCCACUGAGCCUCAACCCUAAACGUUCCCUUCCUUGCCAAGUUUGCCACCAACUCGGACUGGUGAUUCAGAGCCUCUCGGCCAUCUCAGGGUAUAACUGGUUGUGCCUCUUCCUUUCUUAAAAAAGCAGGACAUUGCAAAAUGGCC